CUUGUCCUCUCAGACUGAAGACCCCAAGUGAUGAGCAACACCAGAGUGUUUUCUCCAAGGAAGGAGACCUGAAGCUGAGACCUCCCUUUUUUUUGUCCCCCUGGGGCAGAAGGUUUGGUAGGAGUGACACACAGGACAUUUUGGAGACAGACUAGAUCAAGGGCAGUGGAUGUGCACAGGUCCUCUCCAUGGUCCUGAAAGAAGGAAGCUGAACUAACCACCUGGCUGGCUCUCUAUGUUCCUGCUGAUCCCAGCUUGGUCCCUUAGAGAGAUCCCAGGCUAAGAUGAUGGGAUGUGCCUUUGGAUGACCCCCCUCCCAAGCUUUGGCAGUUCCGUUUGAUGAAAGAUCAGAGCCCUUUUCUGCUACUGACAUCCAGCAUCUCUUCCACAGCAGAAAACCUCUGUGAGCUACACAGCACCACACUCUGCUCCUCCUGAUCGAUUUUACCAUCAUUGGACUGGUUAAGUUAUACAAACCCUCUAUUGAUUUUUUUUUUCUUCCAGGCAGUGUUUCUCUUGAGGGGUCCUGGCCACCCAAGCAAAGCAUCUUCAACCAGGAUUUUAUUUUCAUUUUAUAUAUAUAUAUAUGAAUUGAUACCUUGGAGGAAAAAAAACAAAAAAACACUUGACUGGCAAGUGGCAUAUCUCCUCUGAUGGGGACCUAGGUGAAGUUACUGGAUCCCAAGAACAAUUGAGACAUCCUGGGAGAUUAUUGAGCAGUAACAGAGAUUUAACCCACAAAGCUAUCUUCUCUGGUUUCUUCUGGAGGACACAUGUCUUUCUGAAAUCUUGGACAUCAUGGAAGGCUCACACGGAUUUGGGAUUGAGACCAUCCUUUCCCAUCGACCAGGAAGCCCCGAGCUUGCUCACGGGGACCCAUUGAUGGGGGACAGCAGGUCACCUCUGGAGCUCAGUCCCAGGUCUGAAGUUAGUAGUGGUUGUUCUUCACCACCUUCCCCAGCCAGGGAGUGUCUAGAAGCGGUCACCAGCAGGCAAGGGGUUUCCCUAGCCAUGGAGUGCAACCUUCAGCCUGGGGUUCAUCUCUCUGCCCCAUCUCAGUCCAGAACUGUCACCUCUUCCUUCCUGAUCAGGGACAUUCUAGCGGACUGCAAACCUUUAGCAACCUGUGCACCCUACUCCAGCAAUGGACAACCAGCACAGGACUUGGGACUCUGCUUGUCCACUAAAAGUGGGGAUGACUUUAGGGACAAAAUGGACAAGAGUAACAGUUCCACAUCUUCAGACUCUGAAUACAAAGGCAGAGUGAAAGAAGAGGGGGACCGAGAAAUUUCAAGCUCCAGAGAUAGCCCGCCAGUGAGGCUGAAGAAGCCAAGAAAAGCCCGCACCGCAUUCACUGACCACCAACUGGCACAGCUGGAGAGGAGCUUUGAGAGGCAGAAAUAUCUGAGUGUACAGGACAGGAUGGAGCUUGCUGCCUCUCUUAAUCUCACUGACACCCAGGUGAAAACCUGGUACCAAAACAGGAGGACAAAGUGGAAAAGACAGACUGCGGUUGGACUUGAACUUCUUGCAGAAGCUGGUAACUAUUCUGCCCUCCAGCGAAUGUUCCCCUCUCCAUACUUCUAUCCUCAAAGCCUUGUAUCCAACUUGGAUCCAGGAGCUGCACUAUACUUAUAUAGGGGGCCCACAGCUCCACCACCCACUUUGCAAAGACCUCUGGUGCCGAGGAUCCUCAUUCAUGGACUUCAGGGGGGCUCUGAACCACCCCCAGCUCUUCCUACCCUUACAGGAGUCCUACCCCGGGCUGCACAGCCACGGUAGGCACUAAAGUUGUUAACCUACAUUUUCCCAGUUUCCCAGGUGCCAACACUAAAGGCUUACGAACAGCAUUGGAAAAGAGGUGAAAUAUUGAGCACGAUGAACUGUAUAUAUGAAUCUUUUAUGAGCCUCUAAUUGCCCCAACUGAGUCUUUCAUACAAAGUGACCUUCUGUCCAUAAAUGAAGACUAUUUGGCAGAACUCUCAGGAGCACACAGAAGAUACUAAAUAUAACGCAAUCGAACGUAACUCUCUUCUCAGAAAUUUGAAACAAUCUGAAUGCAGAAAUGGGAUCUCACGGAAAUGGCAAAUAAUAUUUAUAAAAGGCAAGCUUAAAGACGUCAAACAAAAUUAAUCUUAUACUUGUUACACAAAAAAAUUCUGUUCCGCUGGAGACGUAUGGGGUUUGGCAUGAGAUAACUUAUGAGCUACUGAAACCUUGACAGUAAGCACUAGAUUAGGGGUAACCAACUUUUAGCUAGUGUUAUCAUAUCAGAAGUUGGUAUAGUGAUUCCUAUGAACGAAUAUACUCCAGGGCUGUGUUAAACCAUUGGAGCCCUGGAUGCUGUAUUUUUCAUUGGAGUCCCUAAAUAAAAUCAUGAUCUGGCAACCUUACCUGAAGCUCCCUUUAAAAUAAAACUUCUGCAACUUCAGUCAAUCAAUAAAUCAAUGGCUUGCUAGAACUUACUGGGGUAGGCAACCUUCGGCCAUCCAGAUGUUGUAGACUACAUCUCCCAUAAGGCUCUUACAGCUAUAAUACUGGCAACGCAUCAGGAGAGAUGUCCACAACAUCUGGAGUGCAUGUUAAAAAGGAAGCACUUUUGGUACAAAUGCCCAGUUGGCAGCAGGGAAAAUUGGUGAUCUCCCCGCUGGUUACAUCUGCGCUUAAUCAUAUACAGUAGGUUCCAUGUAAGUGAACCUGGGAUAGUGUGGACCUUAUAGUGAGAGGGACAGAGCUGGCUUAUAGGGGUUAUUCCCAAAAGUGUGAAUUGUAAGGAAUUCAGACUAAAUUCAAAGAUAACUCUGAAUUCUAGGCUAUAGUAGUCAAACUGGCUAGAAGUAUUUUUCCAAUUUGGUCUAAAAUUUGAAAUGCAGGUUGAGUUUAUUUUGA